CGCAUUCAACAUAGCCAUCUUGUCAAGAGUGACUGAGAGAGGGAGGUAACUGUGGGCGCUGUUUAGAUUGUCAUUUUGUUUUAAAGCUGGAUUUAAAGAGCGUGUUUUUCCUCUCUCUUUCGCUGCUAGCUUCAAACUAAGUGUCGCCACCGAGUGACGUGAAGCUGGUGAGUUGAGCGGAUUCAAAGGACUCCUUUCGGGAAGAUGUCUCACAUACUUAUUCCGACGUAGGGGGAGUGUGCAGCAGCCAGUGGGCUUGACUUGCUAGCUAGCUCAGAGAGUGGAGGGCUGCGGGCCCUCCUCAGCCUAAAGUAGGUCCUGCAGCUGGGCCACACACUGCGACAGCGGCCGCCUGACAACUGAGCCACCGGGACAUUGGUAGGCCGAUCAGGACGGACAGGAAGCCCCGCGUCGAUCACCCCUGAAGGCCGCUGGUGUCUGUGUCUGAAGCCGCAUUGCUGGACAAGAAGACACGACGUGUUGCGUUGCGUUAUGGGCUCAUGAAACGCAACAGGAGCCCGAGAGAGGAAGAGGGAUGGCGUAGAUUCAUAUUGAUUACAGUCAACGUGAGCUAGGCUGAGUCUAAUACAUGUGAGUGUGCUGUUUUUUAAUAUGAUCCAAGCCUAAAGAAGCGGCAUCCAGCAACCAGUCCCUUUCUGUCGGGAGUAUCAAACGGAGCCGUACUGGACUUGGAGUCAGGCUGUCAAUAUGUCGAAAAUGCCGGCCAAGAAGAAGAGCUGUUUCCAGAUCACAAGUGUGACUCAGGCCCAGGUGGCGGCCAUCGGAGCCGCCGACGACACGGAGAGUCUGGAGGACCCGGACGAGUCACGGACUGAAGAUGUGUCGUCGGAGAUCUACGACAUGUCGAGGGCCGAGUACGAGCCUGCGUGCGACAUAAGUUCAUCUGAAGAAGCCCUGAAUAAUGUGGGAGAGCCGGAGGCGAGCGGAGGUAUGGCACCGCCACACUUACCUCAACCCGGGCAGGUGUCCGCGCCGUCGGGCAGUCUCACGGGGGAGUUUCGGAAGGUGGGAGUGUCGGGCUCAACUCAAGGAGGACAGCAGCCGCCGGGGAUCGGCGUGCGGCCCGGGGCGAUGCAGCAGCAGCAGCAGCCCGCCGGUGGAUCAGUGAACACAACCCAACCUGCUGCAGCACCUCCACCCGCCACCUCCACGGUGAGCUGCACCUCACGCUUCAGGGUCAUCAAACUCGACCAUGGUACCGGAGAACCCUUUCGGAGAGGCAGGUGGACUUGUACAGAGUUUUAUGAGAAAGACUCUGAGGGCUCUGCCGGUACUAGGACUGUAGACAGCAUCAGGCACGCCGGUGCAGCAACACUGGACCCUGCUGCGGACAGGGACAGUGGGCUUGGGCAUACGGGAGGAUCUGUGGUGGCUCCGGCAACACACUCAGGUCAGGGCUUGGGCUCUGUCGGGGAUGCUUCUCUCCCUUCAUCCCGCAUGCAUUCAGUGGAGAUGCCACCUCAGCAGCAGCAGCAGCCACAAAUCCACCAUCAAAACUACAACGCCCGGCCACAGGGUGUAAGCGGGUCUGCCACACAGAGUCCUUUCUCCAGCAGCAAGCCGGGGGGAGGUAUCCAGCCUUCUGCUCCCCAGAGCGUGUUGCCCCUCGGACAGAACGGCCUGCCUCAGUCGGUUGUCCACGUACAGAAGUCCCCCAUCAUGCCUCCUUCAGCCCAGCCUGUUGCUUACCCUCCACAGCAGCUUCCUAUGGGCCACCACCUGACCAGCCAGUCUCCUGGACUGCUACAGAACCAUACGGAGUACUAUCAGCAGCAACAGCCCACUCCCAUGCAGCUGGGGCUUUCCACCGGCCAGUCCAUCCCAGUCUCCAACCUCUCUGCAGGACCACAGCCUGUGGGACAAGGACACCCUACGGUCCUGCCUCCAGCCUCUGGAGGCUCUUCAGUGCCAAGUCAGGUUGGAGAUGUUGCAGGAGCAGGAGGUGGACCUGUACCGAGUGGACAGCCAGCUCCAGGCCUCCUGCAGCAGCAGACUGGAGGUAUGGGAGCUGUGGGAGGCUCCAUGCUGGUUGGUGGAUCCACUUUGCAGCAGCAGGCCGUGAGUCAGUAUGCAGCCACUGGACAGCCUCAACCCCACGGUCUCCACCCAACAUCCUCCGGUGUACAAAAUGUGCCUGCCAUCGCAGUGAGCUCCAGUGUGCCCGCUGCUGUGCCCAGUGCCUCCAGUGCAGCCAUGCCAAAUGCGACAACUUCCAGUUUGCCUCCAAGUCAGAUACCGCACAGCAGGACUCUAGUGGCUUUGGGGAUGCAGGGCCUCCCAGGAACUGGAUUUGGACAUGCGGAGGGUGGUGGCGGUUUCGUCAGCGCGUAUUCUCCUCUUGUCUCCGGGAAGGAAAUAGGGAAGCCCUUCAUGCCUGAAAGCCUGCAGCUCGCCACUCCGACUGUCAACAGCCUGUUUGGAAUUCACAUACCUGUCGACGGGGAUGUGGACAGGGCCUCGGGAACCAACGUCGCUGCCAUUGAUAAUAAGAUUGAACAGGCAAUGGACCUGGUGAAAAGCCACCUGAUGUAUGCGGUGCGCGAGGAGGUGGAGGUCUUAAAGGAGCAGAUCAAGGAGCUGUUUGAGAGGAACUCUGUGCUGGAAAGGGAGAACGCUGUGUUGAAAUCUCUCGCCAACAGCGAGCAGCUGUCUCAGCUGCCCGCCCAGCCGGCCACCAGCUCCGGCGCCACGCCCCCGCAAGGACUGAGCCAGCCUCAACAACAGGCCCUGCCUCCGCUCCAAGUUCAGCCUCAGCUCCAGCACCACCCCAAACCCCAGCAGCUCCAGACUCAGCUCGAUCCCAGCCAACAACAAAUGCAACCCAACGUCACCUCCGCUUGAAGUGCAUCUGCCCUGCUUCGCAUAGGGCAGAAAGAAAAAAAAAAAAAAGAAGAGCAUCUUCUCUACAACUAAUUACAAAUAGUCUAUG